ACUUCAGAGAAUAUCCAGUUAUUAAGAAGCAUUUAUUAGAUGCGUUUAAUAAAUUAGUUGAUACCAAUAAGCACGAGGAUGUAGUGAAGGUUGCUCUACUUAUGUGUGUAGAGUAUUUUGUUAGGGGAACCGAAUUGAAAACUAUGUGUAACAUGGAUUAUAUGUACCUAGUAGACUCUAUAGAGGAUUUCUAUAGCUAUCCUUGGGGUAGUUUGGCCUACAAUACAAUGUCGUAAGGGGUCGCAGCUGCUGUGAUGGCAUCAGGUGCGGUUCGCUACAAUGUAUAUGGUUGUGUCUUUCCUCUGCAGAUAUGGGCUGUAGAGAGAUUACCGGCCCUACAAGAGUGUGUUAUUUCAUUUGUUCCCUCGCAAAUUCCACGCUUCAUUCAAUAUCGAGGUUGGAAGGGUUGGAGGUACAACAAAAUAUAUGCAAUUUUUAAGAGUGAAGCUACUAUCUUAAUAAAGAACUUGGAACCCACCCUACGAGAAUGGGAAACGGACGCCGUUCGCUUGCUCUGUGAUAGUUUUCAGGUCAUCGAAACUCAGGAAUUGAGCGAUGAGGGUAACGAGAAUGAUGACGAGGGGUUGGGAUAG